AUGCAGAUGAUUGCACGACUACUUCUUUUACUGUGGAUUUUGUGCAGCUUGUUGGUCGCAUUCUCCAAUUGCAGAACUUUGUGCUCAAGGAUUUUCUUUCAAAACAUCAAUGAAGAAACCAUGCCUUACAAAAUCAUUGAAGGUGUAUACACCAAGGAGAAUUACAGUCACAACAACUUCCCUGUGUAUCGGCGAGAAAACGGCAAUCUGUUGUUUUACUAUAGCAAUAUAUCCACUGAAGACGAAAAACGUUUGAUUUUUGGACUUAAUCCAAGCGACUACUUUGGCGUCGCUGCUCAUGUCUAUAAUGCUGUUGAUCCUGUGUCGUGGCUGACUUCCGGGAGUUUGGAUAGAAGUGAUGUCUUUGGAGGAUUAAUAAGCUUUUGGCAGUUUUGGAACAUGAGCAAUAAAAGCAUUGGCUAUGUUACAGUUAGUAGUUCGUCGCCUAUGAUUAAAGCUGUAUGCGUGGAUGAAGAUUUCAGGGAAUGUAACUCAGACAGACUUUACUUGAAUGUUAUGCUUACCGAUGGAAAAGGAAAUGUUGUAAACGAUCACAUUCGGGAUUAUUUUCUUCGCAAGCCAGGUGUCUUCCGUAACCUUCGUCCUUUGUAUGAGCACAGUAGACAAAAGUGGUACCUUCAAUACAACCCAGACGGCUUCUGGGUGGUAACUGAAAGGUACGCACCGAGUCGAUUACUCGAUAACGUUUUUAUCAAGACUAAAGAUUUCGCCCUGCGACCAGAGUACAUCAGCAAGACUUGGUCGGUCCAUGAUAACAAGGGAUGGCGGGAUAUGCCUAAUCUUAGACUCUUGUGUAGAGGAGUAAAUUCGAUGUUGAAUACUUGUCCAUCAAAGCCAUGUGAUAGCAAGGCUACCUGUAUCUACACUUUCGGUAAGGAGACACUUUGUCUCUGCCCUUCCGGUUACACAGGCGUGACAUGCUAUACUAACAAGCCAUGCCGCUCCAACAUCAUAGCUGGAACAGAGCUGAAAUUUGCAUAUUUUGGAAAUAGGCCUGGCGAUCUCGGCUUAUUUUUCUGCAGGGGAAGGUAUCCUUCUGUAAGGUUUUCCCUCUGUGUGGAUAGCAAAUACAGCGCUAAGUGGACUAGACAAGGGAGAGCCUGCCGUGGAGGGAAUACUGGCAGCGAUUCUUUUCCCUGGACACCCUGGUACAGAAACACCACAGAGAGGUCCUCGUAUCAACGAACCGACACCACAGAUCAACUUCCCACUGCACAAACUAGUCGUGUCGACUUUGAUGCCAACCCUGUAAUCUUCCCCGUGGUCCUUUCUUCUUUCGUGCUUCUAAAAUUGCUCGUGCCAUUUAUCAUCUACUGCUGCGCCGUGUGUAAGAAAAAAAGUAAGGAAGACAGAGAAGAAAGGGAAGAUACGAGGAGGUUACAGGAAGAUGACGGGGAAUUAGGAACGAGACUGGAACAAGUUGUUAGGGCCGGGAGUCAAAUGGAACUUGACAGUGGUAUCCAGGAUUACCAACCCACCGUCCAGGAAUACCAACGUCAAAAUGAAAACAGAAAAAUGAGCCGCAAAAGAGGAUUGCACAGAGAUGCGAGUUUAUGGCGAAUCUUUUCCAUGCUCUUGUUUUUUUACUUUCACCUGUGGGUGGUGUACCUGGUGGGUUGUGAAAUUUCCCAGUGUACUCGAUACGGACGUAGUUUCGUCUACUUAAAAAUCUUUGGAAUUGCAAUGCUGUGGUUCUCAUCUGUGUACAUUUUCAUAGAAAGCAUCUUCUCUCGUGAGUUGGAUUACUUAAGAAACAUUAUGCAGGACGAGACCGCUUGGGGCUACAUACAAAAAAUGCAUCAACUCGAACCCAGAAUUGACAUGGUCGUGGAGUGCUAUCAUCCCACACGUGAUCAUUCAAAAGUGGUGACAUUCAUGGACCGCAAAACAUUCUCGUUCGGUUCGUGGGUUGAUGUUUCUGAAAGAGAAAUGCCAACAGUGAGUACAGUGUGGCUUACUCGAGUAAGAAUCGAUCCUUAUGUCUUGUUCGGUGACCAGGAGACUGCAGAUAGUUACGAGAGACAAAGAGCGGCCAUGAUAAGUAGGAAUCGUUUCCGGGAUCUAUUUACGGAUUUCUCAGCGAGUAGAAAAAUUCCUGGUCUGAAGAAGAGGAUCUCUGCUUAUGUUGAUUCGAGGGUGAAGCCUUGGUGGAUUCGACCUUUGUUUUUUUGGCUGGCCACGCUGUUGCAGAUGACUUGGCCUUAUCGCUGGCUGUUUAGAGCAAAAACCGGUAAAAGUCAUUACGCUCUAAAGAAGUUGAUCUAUAAGAGCACCACGCCCCAAAGGGAAGUAGACCUGAUGAAUCCAGUAACAACACUGGCCGAUGGUGCAACUUCGGCCACUGACUCCAGCGUCCUGGAAAACAGCCAAAUAUCUUAUCCAAUGGCAGAGAUCGUUAAUACAGGCAGAGGGAGCCCCGCCUACGAAAACGGUUGCCCACCGCGUCCACCAGGCGAUCCAUCCGUGUGCCCUCCUUUGCCGGUCGCACCCCAACAAAGCGCAUCCCCUGCGACUUACGACACUGGCACCUCAUAUCCACCUCCUCUGAAUAAUCCUUAUCCCACAGGUGGAGCUGCGUAUCCUACCCAGCCACCCAGACCUGUCCACCCGCCUUAUUCUGUGGUACCGCAGCCAGACGAGCCCCCGCCAUCUUACGAUGCUGCUGUAGGAUUCACUCCUGACAUUCCCCAAGCAAGUAACGAGAAUAUCCACCCUGGGACUUAAGGGUGGUGGAGAGAAUAUUAGAGAAAAACAAACGUAUCUGUAGUGUUACCCGGAAGCCUUUUAAGCGCUAUUUUUCUUCCAAACUGGAAUAAAUUCGCAGUUUUGUUUCUUUGAGAAAAGAGUAGGGAUGCAUAAGUUUCAUCGUUUGAGAGCUCUUGCACCUUUUAACCGGCCUUGUUCAUACUACGGCAAUACAAAAAAAAAGAAAGAAACUAACUCUUACACUAAAUUGCAUUGUUUGAUUUUUAUGGCCAAGAUAAGGCGUUAUUUUCCGUUCGAUUUCUACUUUAAAAGCCACUUAACGUCAUGCAUAUUGCUACACAGUGGAAACGAACAUAUUGUUUGGGUCGAAAAUUCUUUAGAACUUCUGUUUUCCAAAGGAGGCGCCCAUUUUCCAGGCUUGUUCGUUCGCAGAGGUUGCAGUUUAAAAAUGAGCGUUUAUUCGAGGACACACUGUAUUUAGCGUUUUCUAGUGAUUUAAUAACGGUGCUCAGAAUAACAGUAGCCAACAACUCUUUUCCAUGAAAUAACGGUGAAACGGAAGGUUUCACUUGUUGUCACCCAGCAUGAAGUUUUUCAGCAUGUUCAGCUUAGGUUAUUUUGGCCAUGGUGGUAAGGACAUAGCAAGCCGAAUCACCUUUGGUGCAAAGAAAAACCCUGAAUUGAGAGAAAAUUAUAUAUAGUCUUGUGAUUUGAAAUUUUCUCUAAUGUCGUAACCAGAAAUAUUUUGAAAGUAAUUAUGGGUGACGCAUUUUGGAAUUAAGUUAAGUAUACUAGGCAUUUUAAAAUAAAAAUAAAUGAAAUAAAGAUAAGUGGAAGUUAUUCCUUUCAAAACAAUUACUGUCACGCUAUACUCCUACUCCUCAGCCCCCCUCCCCCCCUCCCCCAUAACGGUCACUUAGCCCGUGGUGGCCGCUGCAAAGGGACUUGAGCCAUAAUUAUAACUCUGUAGAGGUGAUGUUACACGGGACAAUUCGCAGCAACGAUUUUUAACCCAAUUUCCAUCAGAAGGAGUUGUUGGAAUAGCGCGAGCUUUAGCAUCAGGUGCACGCUCUGUGUUGGUGGCAUUGUGGGCUAUAGAAGAUUAGGCAACAGAAAAGUUCAUGACCCGUUUCUAUAUAUGAGCGCCUUCUUCAUGGCGAUAGUGCUAGCGAAUCACUUCACCAGGCAAUGAAGUGGAUGAGGACUAACAAAUUUUCUAACGUUGGUCAGAGGGCGCCGUCUAUGCUGAUUGGAGAUAACGUAAAAUUUGAUUUCCAAAUUUAAGGUAAUUAUACAUUUGUUAUUUUACUACACGGCAAAUGACGAACAGAACAAAAGUUCCGAAACUUGAUCGCUGUUUGAUAGCCGGGUCAACCUCGUUCCUAGGAUCCUCUCAAGAGAGUGAGAACCGUUCGUGUUCCUAUAAUCAUGAUUUCGCACGAAAUUAUCCUUUCUGAUUAGCUGACCCUUGGUUUCCGGUAAUUUGGAUCAGCCUCUCAUCACAAUGCAUGCUAUCGUAGACUCGUAGCCAGACACUAUCUAAAUUUAAUAAGGGCGAAUAAAUGCUAGUGACAAAUGGGGAGGAGGCUGUCUUAGCAUGCCAUGCAGUACUUUUAUUUCGUAUGUGCUUCACACGGCAUUUUUUAUUUCAGGAAAAAAAACAUUACAGCUCCCAGAAUGAAGACGUUGAUGAAUGAACACUUGUUGGAUCCACUACCUGUUUGCAUGUCCAAUGCAUGACAUUUGGUUUCUGCGGAAGUGAGAGAGAAUGCUCUGAGCUUACAAGCUUUGCACAGGCCAGGAAAGAUGGUCAUUCAUUUAUACGUGUCUGGGAAACUGACCCCCAACCCCUCCCCUAAACCAACAUUAACACUUACUUCUCACUUAGCGUAAAAUUUUGGCUUAGCGGAGGGGUAGGUUAUAACAGUGUCGCGCCAUGUAAGAUAAUCCAAGACAGUCUUUGAUUGUUGAUGCCACUCUUUGGGUUCCGGAUUCCAGGUACGGGGUUCCGAAAUUCUUGUCAGUGUAAUUCCAAUCCUUAGCGGGAUUCCGGAUUCCUUUACUUGAAUUAAAGAUUCCAAAGCCCAGGAUUCCGGAUUCCACAAGACAAAAUUUUCCAGAGUUCCGAAAUUUGGAUUACCUUACAUGCAGCGAAACCGUGUGUACAUUUAACGGUGGGAAAGGGUAAAGCAAGGGAAAUAAAACUUGACUGGUGGUGAUGGACAACAGAGUCCCAUUCAAGUAAACUCCAGUUCUAGCGACCCGAUUUUCCUAGUACUAGUAAUAAUUGCAAAUUAGGGGAGUGCGUUCGAUGGGGAGGGGGGGUGGGGUGGUGGGUAGUGAGUGGUAGUGGGAAGGGGGUGCAAAACAAUGAUGGGCUCGUAACAGGCCAGUCCAAGGUGGCGUCCAAACCGUGAAUAGAACGGUUACUACUUCAUGUACGGUACACAAAUAGGAAGCGUUUUCCUUCGUCGAAACGCAAUAGACCUAUUCGGCUAACUCAAUGUUGUACCCAAUUCAAAUCUCCCGGGGAUAAGAUUCUUUUUGUAUUGUAUUUGCAUUAUAAUGUGGCAUUCACAUUUAAAUGAUAUGGAAAUUCCUGAAACAAAACGUUUUAUUCCCAAAGGGUUUGAAUUGGGUACAACAUUGAGCUAGCCGAAUAGGUCUAUUGACCACUUCAGAAAAUACCAUAUCAUACCAUAAUGCUCUUUGUUUGUCACCCCAAAGUUCUGCAUAAGCAUUGUCUUCAAUUCCUCUUGGGAGUUAAAAUGGCCCGAAGAGAAACUGAAAACAAUGCUUAUGCAAAAUUUUGGGGUGACAAACAAAGAGCAUUAUGGUAUGUUGUGGUAUUUUCUGGAGUGGUCAGUUAGCCAUUUGCACAUCUCCCACAAUACACCUUGUUUUCCCCCAACCCCGCCCCCCCACAACCCCCUCUCCCAAAAAGUUUGCAUAACCUUUGUUUUACCUUUGGGUAUUACAGCCGUCCCAAAAGAAUUGGAUCCCAAAAGGAUCAUCAUGUUUCUAGGAAACUGACCAUCUACCCCUCCCCUAAGCUAACACCAACACUUGCUUCACACCUUCUUACUUAGGGCAAAAUGUUGGCUUACGGAAGGGGUAGGUUGGUACUUUCCUAGAAACGUAUAAUGAUCCCCAAUUUUUGGGGGGCAAACAAGGUGCCUUUUAGGAGAUAAGUAAGUGGCGAAUCAAAAAACAAGCCAAUCCCAGAUUCAAAUUUACCCCUUCAGGUCCCUCAACAAGAAAUCAGCCUGAAAGCAAUCUGAACAGUGCUUACUCAUAGGGGAUUUUUAUCGCGUCUUCUGGUCGGUCUUACGGCUACUUUCUUGACUCCCCACCUUUCCUAGGAUUUCCCACGCGCCGUUUCCCCUUCUUCUGUGAAACUGUGAUAGUAAAGAAGACUUAACGCCAAGCACGUACAGGAACUAAAAGACGGCCUUUUGUUUUCAAGAGUUUGUCCGUUGAAUUUUUUUCCGAGACAUGAAGGAUUUUUUGCGGUAAGAAAAGAAUACCAAAGUUGCUGAUUUUUAAAAUAGUUUUGUAUAAACUCUUUCACCCUUAUACCAUGUAAUAGCAGGAUGUUUUGCCGCCAUAACUUUGUCCACCUCUUAGGUAUGUGGACAAAAUUCCUUGCUGUUAUCAUCGAAAUGAAACCUUUUUGGUAGCCUGGGAAAACAGACGUUUGUCCUCGCUCAUCGCCACUGGGGGAAGUUUCGUGAAAGGUCCCCAGCGGCGAAGAGCGAGGAGAAACCGCUGCUUUCGCACGCUACCUUUUUGGCAGAAUUUUUGCAUCAUGUUAUUGCCUUUUAGGAUUUUACAAAAAGAUAUUUGGAGUUUUUGAAGAAUUUUUCAUAAUGGCCACUAUGAGAUUGUAAGGGUAACACUGAGUUGUUCAUUUUUUGUAGAUAGAGAGCGGUAGACCAACGAAACUCAUAAGUCCAACAUCAGUUUCGAAACCUUUUCAUCUAUUUUGUUACUGGCAAAAUAUUCGUCUGAUACGUGUCGCACUUUAUCCAUAAUAUUCUGUUAAUAAGCUUCCGCUUCAAUAUUUGCUUGUCGGUUUACCCAAACACACCAGCUCAAAACCUAGCGUGCAAUGACUUUGACGUCGACCAUUGCAGUAUGUGUCAGUCAAAAACUUCUUAUUGUCACAUUAUAUACGACUGCAGAAAUAUUUCGCAUUCAUUUAGUUUUAUCCCUGAGAAAAAUUAUCCUAAGUGAUCAUGAUGACACGGCUACUUUUACUGUGGAUUCUGUGUAGCAUGUUAAUCGCAUUCUCCAGUUGCAGAAAUUUGUGUUCAAGGAUUUUCUUUCAAAACAUCAACGAAGAAACCAUGCCUUACAAAAUCAUUGAAGGUGUAUACAACAAGGAGAAUAACAACCACAACAACUUCCCGGUGUAUCGGCAAGAAAACGGCAAUCUACUGUUUUACUAUUAUGUUUCUAAGGAAGGCCUAAAAGUUUUGGUUUUUGGACUUAAUCUGAAACACUACUUUGGCGUCGCUGCUAAUGUUUAUAGAAAUGUUGAUCCUGUGUCUUGGUUGAACUCCGGGAGUUUGGAUAGAAGUGAUGUCUUUGGAGGAUUGAUAUACAACUGGCGGUUCUACAACACGCUCGAUAAAACCCAUUACUAUGUUGCAGUUAACAAUUCGUCGCCUAUAAUUAAAGCUGUAUGCGUGGAUGAAGAUUUCAGAGAAUGUAACUCGGACAGACUUUACCUGAAUGACAAUUUCACCGAUGGAAAGGGGAAUGUUGUGAACGAUCUCACUCGAGAUUAUUUCUUUCGCAAGCAAGGUGUCUUCCAGAACCUUCGCCCUGUGUAUGAGCAUAGUAGACAAAAGUGGUACCUUGAAUACACAGACGGCCCCUGGAUGAUAACAGAGUAUUUCCCGAGGCAAUUAACAGUUUUUAAAGUUUUAAUGAAGACCAAAGAUUUCGCCCUUCGACCAGAGUACAUCAGUAACACUUGGUCGGUCCGUUUCAAUGGAUGGGGCGAUAUGCCUAAAUUUAGACUCUUAUGUAGAGGGGUGAGAUCGAUGUCGAAUACAUGUCCAUCGAAGCCAUGUAAUAGCAAAGCUUCAUGCAUCUACACUUCCGGUAACGAAACACUUUGUCUCUGUCCUUUCGGUUACACCGGUGUGACAUGCUCUACCAACAAACAGUGCCCCACUCCCUACCCCUUAGCAGGAACAGAACUGAAAUUUGCAUACUUUGGGAAAAGGCCUGGCGAUAUCGGUUUUUCCUUCUGUAGUGGAUCGUAUCCUUCUGUAAGGUUUUCCCUUUGUAGGGACAGCAAAUACAGUAAUCUUUACUGGUUUAGAGUUGGGGGCGACUGUCAUAGAGUGAAUACUGGACGUACUUCUCCCCCCUGGUCAUUUUGGAACCCAGGAAAAACCCAAAGUCCCUGGAAACCUCCCAAGGCUCGAGCUCGCCAUAACUUUGAUAACAAUCCUAAAAUCGUCUCCGUGGUUCUUACUUCCGUCGCGCUUCUGGAAUUGCUCCUGCCAUUUAUCAUCUACUGCUGCGCUAUCUGCAAGAAAAAAAGUAAAGAAGACAGAGAAGAACAAGAAGAUCAGAGAAGGUUACAGGAAGUUGGCGGGGAAUUAGAAAGAAGACUUGAGCAAGUUGCUAGGGCCGGAAGCCAAGAGGAACUCGACCGAGGUGUUCAAGAUUACCAACGAACCGUCCAGGAAUACCAACGUGAGAACCAAGACAAAGAACUGAACCGAAAACGAGGCUUCCACAAAAGUGAGGGUUUAUGGCGAAUCAUUUCCAUGCACUUGUUUUUUUCCUUUUACUUAUGGAUCGUGUAUCUGGUGGGCUGUGAAAUUUCUCAAUGUACUCAAUACGGACGUAUUUUCGUCUACUUAAAAACUUUUGGAAUUGUGAUGCUGUGCAUGUCGUCUGUUUACACUUUUAUAGAAAGUAUCUUCUGCCACGAGUGGGAUUACUUAAGAAACAUCAUGCAGGACGAGACCGCAUCGGGCUACAUACAAAAAAUGCAUCAAGUCGCACCAAGGAUUGGCAUGGUCGUGGAGUGCUAUCAUUUCGAGACGCGCACGCGUGUCGUGUACUACACGAACGCAUAUAGCAACACGCAGUCCCGCACAGAAACUUAUACCGUGAGGGUUGUGACAUUCGUAGACCAC